AUGCUGUAUGGUCCAUUUGUUGAAGGCAAUAGAAGAGAAAUCACUAUUCCGAAUAUCUAACCAAAGAUCUUUAAAUGCCUAAUGACUUUUAUCUAUACUGGAUUCGUUUAGAUUGAUACAGACAUUCUUGUGCCUUUGAUUUAAGCAGCUGAUUAGUAUUCAGUUAGAGGAGCAAAAGAAGAGUUUGGCAGAGCUGCUUAAUCUUUUAUGCAGAAGGCUACUCAUACUGAUCCUAGAUGCAUCACUCAAGUGCUGAAAUUAUUUUAUGAUUCUUAUGUGGUGGAUAUCCCUGAAAUACUUAAAAUGUGUUUAGAGUUUAUUGAUUAGCAUACUGUAGAAGUACUUGAAUCUGAGGCAAUAAUAGGCUUGCACAAGGAACUAAUGGGCUUGAUCUUAAAAAGAGAUAGUCUUUACGAUGGCUUAGAAGAGAUUUAACUUUACCUAGCUUGUCUUAGAUGGGGUAAUUUUUCAAUAUAAUUUUUGAUAGCAAGAGGAUUCGGGAAAUUAGAUUACAGCGAUGAGAAAUAGUUUGAUAUUUCUGGAAUCAAUUCAUAGUAAAGAGAGGAUUUGAUAGAAAUUCUGAAGAACGUAAGAUUACCACUAAUUCCUGCAGAAAUAAUCAUUUAAAAAAUUGAACCAUCAAAUCUAAUUGACAUACAUGAGGUUUAUGUUGCAAUGGCAUUUUAAGCAGCACCAGAUUGCUUCAAAAAUGAUAAGAGUGAUAAAUUUAGACACAGAUAUGGAUCUGAAGUUCCAUGGAGUUGGUCUAAGGAACAUCACGGACCUCACAUACUCUUAUCUAAUAACUUUAAAACUGCUCAUGGAUGUCAUUAUGAUUGGGAGAAAAUAGUUGGGAACGUCGUGUGGAGAUCAGGAAUCCAUAAGUUUGAGAUAUAAAUAGAACUAAAUAUGCUUGCAUCUUCAAAUACUUGGUAGAUCAUAGUUGGAGUUGCUGCUGUUCCUCAAAACUCACCUCCUAUCAAUCUUUAAAAUCAUCUUGGUUCAACAGCUAAGGAAUGGGGAAUGAUGUGCUUAUCUGGUCAAAAAAUUAAUAAAAAUAUCUAAGAAGAUUAUACUCAGGGUUCAAGAAGAGGAGACAUUAUUGGGGUUAUUGUUGAUCUUAAUACUGGAAGGUUAGAGUUCACUAAGAAUGGAGUCUCACUUGGGAUCGCCUAUGAAAAUGUAAAGGGCCCUGUAAGUCCAUGCAUAAGUCUAUUGAAGGGCUAGAAGAUAACACUCCUAAGCACAAAUGGUAAAUUUUUUUGA